UCACUCCACCUGGCAACACUAGUUGCGAUUUGUUCGACAUCUCUUCGUUCGGUAGUUUAUAAAUGUUUCGAGUUUCCAACUAAACACAUAUUAAAAGUUAACUAACGUAAAGGAGAUCACAAGACCCCACGGCUGAAACGGAAGGAUAUGCAAAUAUGGACUUCCACAUACUGAUCGUCAUCGGUUGUGUGUUCACCGCCUCCCUGCUUUCAUUCCUGUUUAUUAACAAGAUUUUCCGGCGCAAGACAUUCGAGGAGGUGGUGGCAGAGAAGCGGGCACUGAACGCCAAUCUGUACAAGGCGGCAGGUGGAGCGGCGGCCAAGAAGCCCAAGAAGAAGGAACUGAAGCGCGAGAAGAAGCAGCGCCAGCGCGAGCAGCAGCGGGAUGCGAACAAUGAGCCGGAGCCAGAGGAGGCCGAGGACUACUCUGAUGGCCAGUCGGAGGGUCAAGGUUCUGUGGCAGACGAGGAGCCCGGACUGUCCAAGCAGCACGUUGAGUUCGAGCCCGAUGCGGAAAUCCUGAAUGAACAGCGUCGUCCCAGCAGUGUGGCUGAAAAGGAGAACCAACCCUCCGCCACCGGUAAGAAGGGCAAGAAGGAUAAGCGCAACGGUGGCGGCAACAACAAAGCUGCCGGCAUUCUGGUCAACAAGAACGAAACCGUGGUUGUCAAGGCUGCCACUUUGGAGGAGACUCCCGCUUUGAACAACUUUGAGGCCAAGGCGCCCAAGGAUGUGGUUGAGCUGAAGAAACAGGAGCAAAAGGAGCGCAAGGAGGACAAUAACAACACAAAGCAGCAGGUGCAGAAGAAGAACGGAGCUGGAAACGCCGCUAAGAAGGAGAAGCCCGCUGCUGCUGACCCCGAGCCACCGACUGCACCCAAGAUCCUCAAGCAGCAGCAGCAACAGCAGCAGAACGGAUCGCCCAAGACGCAGCACAACCAGGCCAACAACAAGACCAAACAACAGCAGAAGCAAAAGCAGAAGGAAACGCUGACGGCCAAGGACCUGGCCCAAGCUCUGGACAAGCUGGCAGAGUACCAGAACCAGACCAUCGGAGUCAACGCCCUCAUCAACGUGUUUUCUCGCGCGGAACUCAAUCGCUCCGAGAUCCAAAUACUGAUCGACUAUUUGCUGAAUAAGCAGCAGGACAUGCCUGCCUCGCAUGCCGAGUGGUCCGACGACAUCUGCCAGAAGCUCAAGCGCCAGCUGGAGGAGAAGGAGAAGCUGCUGGCCGAGGAGCAGGAGGCCUCCAUCGGCAUCCAAGCCAAGCUGCGCGAGCUGCGCCAGGAGGUUAACACGGAGCGUGCUCAGAUGCACAGUCGCAUCCAGGCCUACAACGAUAAGUUGCAGGGCAAGGAGCAGGAACUGGCUGCUGUUAACCAGGAGCUGUCCAGUCUGAAUGACAAGCUCACGCUCGAGCGACAGCAGUUCCAGACCCUAUUGCGAGAGAAUCAGGCCAGCUCGCAGGACCUUUUGCCACAGUUACAGCGCCUGCAGCAGGAUCUGGCUCACAAGGAGAAGUGCCUGGCUGACAUGACAGCCUUUGUUAACGCCGAGACUCAGCAAAAGAACGAGGUGAUCCAGCAGCAAGCCCAACAAAUUGCGGCCUUGGAACAGCAACGCGACGAGCUGGAACAGCGCCAGAACAACAGCGUCUUUGAGCUGGAGCAGCGCAAGCAGCUGGAGCAGGAGAACACCGAGCUGAAGCAAGAGCUGCGCACUCUGACCCAAGCCCAGUCGGAGCUGCAGCGCGUACACACUGCAGAGUUGAAGGAGCUGCGCCAGCAGUCGGUGGAUCUGGAGGCCAACAACCAGGCCCUGAACCAGCAGCUCAGCAAAGCGGCCAGCACUGCUGUUCAAGCGACCGCUGCCCAGUCGGAGCAGGCUCUGGUCCAGACCGAAGCCCUGGCCCAGAAGCAGCAAGAGCUCACCGCUCUGCGCUCACAGCUCGGAUCAGUGACAGAGGCGCAGGCCCAGCAGCAGAAGCAGACUAGUGCACUGCAGUCACAGCUGAAAGAGGUCCAGCAGCGGGCUGAGCAGCUGCAGGCCAAGGAGAAGCAGCUACAGCUGGAACUUCAGGAGCAGAGGGAGAAGAAUAAUGACGUGCGUUUGAAAAAUUGGAAGCUGAUCGAAGCUUUGCAAAAUGCCGAAGCCUUAACGGCCAAUACGAAAACAAAUACAGCGCAAUCUAUUAGUCAACAAAACAAAGAGCUGCAGCAACAGUUGAAUGGUGGAGGAGGAAGUGCCAGCUCGGCGAAGAACGAGCAGCAGCGCAUCCGGGAUCUCUACCUUCGCCUAUACCCAGAUGCCGUUAAGGCGCAGUCGGGUAGCGCCCUGCAGGUCUCGUUCGACCAGUGGCUGGAACAGGUCCUGACCACCCACGUUAAACAGCAGCAGGAGAAGCUGCAGAAGCAGAUCAGCAGUAGUCAUAAGUCCACACAAUCAAACAGCAGUAGCAGUAGCAGCAACCACAACAGCACCCACAAUAAUAUUAGUAGCAAUAAUAGUAGUUCGAAUAGCCAAUCCCCCUCAGCAGUCUCCGAGCAGAAGGAGCUGCAAAAACAGAACCUGCAGUUGCGCGAGUGCAACGACAAGCUCACCCAGCUGGUCACCAAGACUACCAACACUUUGAUGGACUUGGAGAAUCGUGCUCGCGAACAGGACGAGCACUGGCGUGGUAUUGUUGACGAGAAGGAGCAGCUUAUUGUUAAGCUGCAGCAGCAUGCCUCCAACGGGGAACAGGACAUUUAAUGUCGCACUGACGGAAAACUAAUAACCGGAAGAAGGAGCCAACAACGACGAUAAACUGACAAGCAUUCGAAGAGUUUGUCUAACUUCCAUAACAACCGCAACAGCAAAACAACAAGAAUUCUAACGAUUUAUUAAGUUUAAAGUUAAUGCGACAUGAAAGGAUGGCGUUGAAACUGAAAAGAGAACGUAAAGCAUAGCAUGUCCUGUCUCCUGAUCCCAUAACAACAGCAACAUUUAACAUUUUAAAGUAGCAAAAAUCUGCAAUUACGAGAAUGAGAACUAUGGAAUGCUUUAAGAAAAUAUAUACACGUAGCUAAGGCAAGAUAAUGAUAACAAACAAAAAAUCGAAACUUGUGCAAUGUUUAUAAAAAAAAGAAAAAUGAAGAGAAGAUAAGCUAGCGAAGAAAACGCCCAAGUCGUCUGACAACAAAAUCCAGGCAUUUUCCACUCAAGCCCUCCCACAAAAUAGAAAAAAAAAACAAAAACAAACAGUAACAAAAUCCAUUGCUGCUGCUAAUUUCUUAUUUUUAUUAUUUAUCCUACUACGCAUGCGGUUAUUAUUUAUGUUAUACUUGCAUUUAAAACGCGCUAUCAACAAUUGUAUAUGUAUCUUAUGUUAAGCAAAUGAAUUUAUUCCCCAAUCAUUCAAAAGGAAAAUCCAUAAAUAUACAAAAAAAAACUAAUUAGUAUAUAUAUAUGUGUAUGACGAAUUUUAUUAUGUACUGUACUGUACUGUAUGUUUCCAUAAUUGUUUUCUGUUUUUUUUUUUUUGUGAGAUUUUAAAUUGUUUCCACCUUCCCACCCCCCCCAAUCAGCGCAGAGUAUUGAACCCCCAAAUGCAUGAGCAGCCCAGCAGCAGCAACAUUUAAUUAAGCGUAUAUAAACAAGAAAACUAUUUUUAUAUAAAAACUAAAUGAGAAAUUAAUUUAUAAGUGAACGCGAAUUAAAUGCAUGAAUGCUAAUUAGCGACUAAUUGUCGAGAACCUGUUGCAUGAAAAGAUAAAACACACAUAAUUGUAAACUAAGAAAGUGAAAUUAGGCGAGACAACAAAUUAAAGCCCAUCAUCAACAACAACAACCACAUAAUGAGACACAAAUAUGAAUGAGCUAUAGCUGCAUUAUAAUGAUUUAUGAUGUAUAAUUACGAUAAAUGAGAAUUAAAUACAUACACACACAUAUGACAAAGACA